CCACCCUGGACUAAACAUCUGAUUGUUUUAUUUUUAUUGUUUGUUUAUUGUCACUACUUCGGGUUGCUGUGGGGAAUUUGUAGUAGUAACUUAAAACUUUUGUGUUAUAAUAAUUUUAUAAUACAUUAAAUAAAUAUGAACACAUUAUAAAAAGAGCAGUUUGCGUAUUUGCGGCCAUGAAGCCCAGUCCAAAAAAAUCUAUUUCGUCAAAAGUGAAGCAACGUUCGAAGAUUAGUACCGGUGGAGGAUCUUCCAAUGCAACUGCAUUAGGAGCGUCUGUGGCAGUGACAGCAACAAAUUCAAACAAUGUGGGUAACAACGUGUCCGGUCUGCCGCACCCCUACCAUAACCACCAUAAUGCCCAACUGAUGCGCAUCGGAGCAGCCGGCGGAAGUGACACUAAUUCGUCGGGAAACGACGCCAAUAUCUGCAUUGCUGCUAAGGAUAAGGGAUCCUACCAGUCGUAUGCUGGUUUCAGUUCCCGUUCAGUGCGGACAAUUUGGGAACAACAUGACAAACAGGAAACCGAGGUGGCAUCAGAAGUGUACAGCAAACUAGCGGAGGAUACAACCUAUAAAUUAUGGGAAUUAGCCAACAAUAUUAAGACAUAUAGUCGCCACAGUAGCGGCAAAGUAACAUACGAACUUGUUAAUGAGGUGCUCAAGGAUUGCGAUAUUCCUCCAAUUAUUGGAGCUAACAAUGAACCAUGGGAUAAAAUUGAGUACGAUGGGGUGUACUUUUUCAACUCGGAUGAAGUUUUGGAUCUUCGAGAAGAAUAUAUUAAGGAUGUAACGAUGGAACAAAGCAACAUACCAGUGCUUUCAACUUCGUGGAUGGCGGAGUCGGCAAUCGCUGAAGAUCUUAUUGAACUGUACAAUAAUGUAUGUGAUGCUGUUUACAUCGGCGAUGAGGAAUGUUUCGAAGAAGCAAUCGAAAUAUUAACCACUAACCCACAUGUUCCUUCCUUGAUGAAACUGUUACUAACGAAGGCCAUUGAGAUGCUGGGGUUUGAGUAUACUGAAGGCACUCUGACUCGGACGUUACAGUUUUUGGAGGCACUUGUAAGAAAUCAUCACGUAUCGCAUUCAGAUUUGACGUUAGAGCUUAGUUUGCUAAGUCAAAUUUUUGUAAAUUUGUUGUUGGGACCCCCUAGUAUGACCCAAGCAAAGUUUAUUCCUGCACAGCAAUUAAACUUGGAUUUGCUACCACCGAGUCAACACCAUCAACCAUUAUCGAUAGCACCAAACGGAACAGAAUCCUCGCUGGAAUCAGGUCCAGCCUCACAGAAUAACAUGGAUCAAAUUCAGUCCACUUUUAAUCAAUCCGCAAUGAUUUCGAUGAAUGUUUUGGAAAAUAAUUUAACUGGUCCAUCGGAAGAUUCCAAUAACUCAAACUCAAAUGCUACCGAGGAGCUACUUCGUAGUAUUGAACACAUAAAGGAAGGACCCGAUGGGAUCGAUAUCAAUAACAUUAAGGAUGAAUACGAGGCAUUGUUUUCGAUGGUUCAAGGGCUGGGAAAGCAGGAAACUGGCGAAGACCAAGAAAAUACUCCCGAAAGUGACGGGUUUCAGAUAAAAACUGAAUUUGGUAACGAAUUUGAUUCGUCGUCGCACAACUUUAUGAUUCAGCAAAGCGGACCGAUUAUGGAAGAAACAGGAGCCAACUAUGAGAUUAAACAGGAACAUGAAUCAAAAUUGAAGCAGGAAACGGCACUUGUUGAAGACCCUGACGAGAAUGUGAGUCUUCAGAUGUCGGAAAGUACAAGUGGUGAGGUAAUAAAUCCAAACUCGACUACUUUGGAAAGUGAGAACAUAAUUACGUUGAUAUGCGGUGAUCACCUGGUCGAUCAUGUGAGCCGAGUAAUCGGCCUUUGUUCCAGCAAGUGGGGUUUUGUUGAGCAGGAGUGCACGUUUCUGCUAGUGGAACGAUUGCAACGAUAUUUUGAUGACAAAAAACAAUCAUCAAUUGACUAUAAUUGGCUCUCUAGAAUUCUGCGUGGUUUAUGGUCUGUGGGAGAAUUCGCAUUUCGAGAGAUGAUUCCAUACUUCGAACUAAUUGAUUCGGAUAGUGUCACGGAAUUAAUCAAUUGCUAUAUGAAUAAUGCUGGUAUAUUUCUUCGAGGAGCAAGCGAUAUUUUCCUGUACGAAUACUUAAACGAACUGUGUGGAGAUGGUUUGCUGCCUUUCACAUUUCAUUAUGAACAAUAUAUUGAAAGAAAACAUCAACAUUAUCAUCGUCUUCGUACGAUCGUGAACGAGGGCAAGCAUUGUUACAAAAUUAACAAUAAAAUCGUUCUCAAAAUUCACCCAAAGUCUUCCUCUUUGAAACCCCCGCCUACCGUGAACGACAUGUUUCCCGAAAAAUCAGAAAGACAAUUGGACAGUGUAGUAAGCAGCAAUCAACAAACACCGUCGGCUAGAUUUAGCUUUCGCUUUGCAGGUUGUCGACCAGUAGCUCUUAAAUCUGGCAGGCAUCGAAUCCUUCGGUGCGGUCGACAAGAAUUCAAUCCGCAUCCGGUAGUAAGGCAAAGCGAUGCUAUGCUAAAAAGUUUUCAUGCAAAGGUAGUCAUCGUUCGCAGAAAACUAUUACCUCCGGAUACAAACCAGAGCCAACCACAGCGAAUAUAUUGCUAUGGCUCAACGGUUCUAUAACGAAAUUCGUAUUCAAUAUAAUCGAAAUCGAAAUGUA